AUGUCACUUUUUAAGAAGACUUAUGGGUCCAAUAUUAAGUAUCACCAUGCCCGUAGAGGGAAAGAAGCCGUAUUUGAAGAACAAUUUGGUGAUGAUGAGAAGUCAUAUAGCGAUUUAACUUGGUAUGUCAAAGCAAUUGAAGAAACUAAUCCUGAUAGCUAUGUGAAGUUUGAAGUUGAGGAUGGAACCAGAAGAUUUCAUAGGAUUUUCAUUUGUUUCGGUGCUUGCAAGCAUAGCUAUAGGUAUCUCAGGCCCAUGAUUUACUUGGACGCUACUUUUCUUACGGGUAGAUUCAAGGGUGCUUUGAUGGAUGCAACAUGUAUCAAUGGAAACAACGGUUUCUACCCAUUUUCUUUUGCUCUUGUUUCUGCUGAAAACAAAGAUAAUUGGUUUUGGUUUCUGGAGAAUCUCAAACAAGUUGUCGAUGGUCGUCAGAUUUUUUUACUUAGUGAUCGUGGAGGACUUUUGCAGGGCAUUCCAAAAUUAUUUCCUAAUUCAUAUCAUUACUAUUAUUUUUACCACAUCAAGUGCAAUCUCCCUAUUGGAUCAGGUGAUGCGAAUUCGAAGGCUGUUAUCGAUUUGUUUUACAAAGCUGCUUACUCUUACACAUCAGAUAACUUCGAAGAAGCUUUGCGGGGCAUGCAUGCAAUUGGAUGUGGACAUGUUGCUAAUUAUAUCAGGACCAUUCCAAAGGAGAAAUGGAAAAAAUGCAUUUUUCCCUGUAUGCAGAUACAAUGCUCACUCUUCAACCCUUUCCGAGUCCUUCAACAACUGGAUUCUUGA